AUGUCCUACGCCGAGUGGCAGCGCGAGCCGAGCACCUGGGACGUCCUCUUCCGCCUCCAGAUGCCCUACCGCGCGCCGCGCGGCAAGCUCGCCGUCUUCCUCUGGCGCCGCCGCAUCUGGAUCGAGACCACCUUCGCGCUCUCCAUGAUGCAGCCCUGGGAGAAGGUCGUCGUUGUGUGCAUGGGCUGUCUGCUGCUCGGGCUGUUCGCGACAACCGGGUACCUCUACUUCCCGCAGCACGUCCGCUACGUGUGCGGCCGUGCGCUGUACUACCUCCUCGGGAGCGAGCUCCGCGUGCCCACCGCCCUCAAGAGCUACCUCGUGCCCUGGGGCGAGAUCAACGCGUCGCGGCCGUUCGACGUGCUGGGCAUACAUGGGGAUCUGUAG